GUGUAUCAAAUUAAUAUGUUAAUAUAUGUACAAUUUCCAAUACUGAUCACGUGUCCAUUGAGGCAAGCACGAGGUGCACGUUCCAAACAGCAUUUCUCGAGCAGCUGAAAGUACAUUUAUGAUACGGAAGGCGAGAGAUUGUGGUCGUAAUAAUAGGCUAAAUAGUGAGCAAUUUCGCAGAUGAAAGGCAUGGAGAACUCCGCAGUCGAAGUCGGUAUAGAUCGUAUACAAUCGACCUUUGCUGAGCGAGAACCCGAAGGAAUCCGAGAUCGUGGCACAUGGAUUUCCACCUCUGAAGUCGGAAUACAAGCAGACUUCUCCGAGGAAAGUGAUUUGGAAUGCUACUUGAGCGAGGGCGACCUUCUUACUACAGCCGAGGACAAAAAGAGGCUAAAUGCAAGCUCUAUUCCUGCCCAUUCCCAGUCUGCCAGUGGCCCAUUGGCUGUGGGAAUCAGGACGGCGAGAAAGGCAAUUGAAUUGAAGUAUAUUUAUGGCGAUGAUCUCUCAAAGAAUGACAUUGAAAGACUUAGCAAAGCUGAUGUUCUUGUCCCACCAGGAUUGCUCAUUAAAAACUCCACUAUACCUAAUGCUGGUCAUGGUGUGUUUGCUAAUUGUGAAAUACCAAAACAUGAAUUCUUUGGUCCAUAUCUUGGCAAAAUCAUUGAUGCGAAGGAUGCAAAAAACUAUAAACAGUCACAUUACGUAUGGGAGGUAAAGGAUGACUUUGGCAAAUUAGUCCAUCUAGUUGAUGGAAGUGAUGCUUCUCAAUCGAAUUGGUUACGAUUUGUAAAUUUUGGGAGAAAAGUUAAUGAACAAAACGUUCGACCGGUACAAUAUGAAAACAAUAUAUACUACAUGGUGACACGAGAUAUCUUUCCCAAUGAAGAGCUGCUUUUGCAUCAUUGGCAGAAACAAGCGAAGAACCAAGGAACGGGUAUUCAGAAAAGAGAUGCAGAUAAAUCAGAAACAUUCCAGUGUCGAAAUUGCAACAAGACGUACUCUGAAGCAUCGAGUCUGAUCGGCCAUUUGAAGUACAAAUGCAACAACGGAAAGCAGCGAAGCAUCUUCGUUCCACAGCCGACGGACCACGAGGACCCGUUCAAAGUCGACAUCCCGGACGAGGUGGUGGUUCGCGAGAACGAGAAGAUGAAGAAAUUCCAGUGUUCAACGUGCGGCAAACGAUUCAUUCGUAACUACACUCUCCAGUGCCACAUGUUGAUACAUACCGGAAAGAAAGAUCACGUGUGCGAGACGUGCGGCAAGGCGUUCUCGCUGGCCAAGCACCUUCAGCGUCACAGCCUCGUCCACUCCGGCCUCAAGCCAUACAAAUGUCACCUGUGUGGAAAAUCGUUUUCGCAGCAAGGCAGCCUGCAGGCGCACAGCCGUACGCACACGGGCAUCAAGCCGUACAAGUGCGAUGUAUGCGGCCGAGCGUUUUCCCUGCAGUCUCCAUUGCUGUCCCACUUGAAGACGCACAAUGCUGAAAAGGCGUACAAAUGUUCCACGUGUAACAAGGAAUUCACGCAUCGGAACACCCUUCUUCGCCACGAGCUCAUUCAUUCGGGGACCCGCCCUUACACCUGUACGGUGUGCGGCAAAGCCUUCACCCAAACCAACGACCUGAAGCGCCACAGCCGCAUACACAGCGGUAUACGACCGUAUCAAUGUCACAUUUGCGGGAAAGCGUUCACCGUGGAGUUCACGUUGGUCUGUCACGUUAGAACUCACACCGGUGUCCGGCCGUACUCCUGUGAUUAUUGCAGUAAGACAUUCACUCAGCCGGGCGCGAGAUUGAAACAUAUAAGGAAGGCUCAUCCCGAUAAGCCGUUGCCACCAUCAGCAAAAGGAAGAAAGAUUCGCGGUAAAAGAGAAGACGCUGUAAACAAACAAGGAGAUGUAAAAACGGGAGAUGAUUUUGUACGGUGAUCGUGCGCACACUCUCACAGUUGAACCAGAUCCAAGAUUAUGAUUACGGACACCUCUGAAUACAAUUAAUGAUUAAUUUAAUAAUGAAAAAUAAUUUUUUUUGCAUUU